GGGGGGGGAGUGCGCACCAUGGAGCCGCGGCGGGGGGUCGCCCGCGCGACGGCGGCGGCGGUGGCGCUGCUGCUGCUGCUGCUGCCGCCCCGGGGCCGGGCGGACGAGCACGACCACACGUACCAAGAUAAAGAAGAAGUUGUUUUAUGGAUGAAUACUGUAGGACCAUACCACAAUCGACAAGAAACUUAUAAAUACUUCUCACUUCCUUUCUGUGUGGGAUCGAAAAAAAGCAUCAGCCAUUACCAUGAAACACUGGGAGAAGCACUUCAAGGAGUUGAGUUGGAGUUUAGUGGCUUAGAUAUAAAAUUCAAAGCAGAUGACGUGCAAACCAACUACUGUGAAAUUGACUUAGACAAAGCGAAAAGAGAUGCUUUUGUAUAUGCUAUCAAGAAUCACUACUGGUACCAGAUGUACAUUGAUGAUUUACCAAUAUGGGGUAUUGUUGGUGAAGCAGAUGAAGAUGCUGAAGAUUACUAUCUUUGGACCUACAAAAGGCUGGAAAUAGGUUUCAAUGGAAAUAGAAUUGUGGAUGUUAACUUAACUAGUGAAGGAAAGGUGAAACUGAUAGCAAACACUAAAAUUUCAAUGUCUUAUUCAGUGAAAUGGAAAAAAUCAGAUAUAAAAUUUGAAGAUCGAUUUGACAAAUAUCUUGAUCCAUCUUUUUUUCAACACAGGAUUCAUUGGUUUUCAAUUUUCAAUUCUUUUAUGAUGGUUAUCUUCUUGGUGGGCUUAGUUUCGAUGAUUUUAAUGAGAACUUUAAGAAAAGAUUAUGCACGCUAUAGUAAAGAGGAAGAAAUGGAUGAUAUGGACAGAGACCUAGGAGAUGAGUAUGGCUGGAAGCAGGUACAUGGAGAUGUUUUUAGACCAUCAAGUCACCCUCUGAUAUUUUCCUCACUUAUUGGUUCUGGAUGCCAGAUAUUUGCAGUAUCUUUCAUUGUCAUUAUUGUUGCAAUGAUAGAGGACUUAUACACAGAGAGGGGAUCAAUGCUCAGUACAGCUAUAUUUGUUUAUGCUGCUACAUCCCCAGUGAAUGGCUACUUUGGAGGAAGCCUUUAUGCUAGACAAGGAGGAAGGAGAUGGAUAAAGCAGAUGUUUGUUGGGGCUUUCCUAGUUCCUGCAAUGGUGUGUGGCACUGCCUUCUUCAUUAAUUUUAUAGCCAUAUAUUACCAUGCUUCAAGAGCUAUUCCAUUUGGGACAAUGGUUGCUGUUUGUUGCAUCUGUUUUUUUGUUAUUCUUCCCUUGAAUCUUGUUGGUACAAUUCUAGGCCGAAAUCUGUCAGGUCAACCCAACUUUCCUUGUCGUGUCAAUGCUGUGCCUCGUCCUAUACCGGAGAAAAAAUGGUUCAUGGAACCAGCAGUUAUUGUCUGUCUUGGAGGAAUUUUGCCUUUUGGCUCAAUUUUCAUUGAAAUGUACUUCAUUUUCACAUCUUUCUGGGCGUACAAGAUCUACUAUGUCUAUGGUUUCAUGAUGCUGGUGCUGGUUAUCCUUUGCAUUGUGACUGUUUGUGUAACCAUUGUAUGCACAUACUUCCUACUAAAUGCAGAGGAUUAUAGGUGGCAAUGGACAAGCUUUCUUUCUGCUGCAUCAACUGCAAUCUAUGUUUACAUGUAUUCCUUUUACUACUAUUUUUUCAAAACAAAGAUGUAUGGCUUGUUUCAAACAGCAUUUUACUUUGGUUAUAUGGCGGUAUUUAGCACAGCCUUGGGGAUAAUGUGUGGAGCAAUUGGUUACAUGGGAACAAGUGCCUUUGUCCGAAAAAUCUAUACUAAUGUGAAAAUUGACUAGAAAAACAAGAAAACUGAGAACUCUGGAUCAGUUACUGUUUCAUAGGGGUGGAACUUGCACAACGUAAAGCGCAAGAAGAUAAUUGGGCUUUCACACUGGGUACUUUGUGGGUCUCUGUUUCAUGGAUGGCUUAAAGUAACAUCUAUUUUCAUUGAUCCUAGGUUCUUACUGACUGCUUUCUCCAACUGUUCACAGCAAAUGCUUGGAUUGUAUGCUAUAGGCAUUACCACAGUACAUGGCUAAUCUUCCCAAAAACUAGCUCAUUAAAGAUGAAUAGACUAGCUCUCUUCAGUGAAGAGGACAAACAGUUUAUUUAAAGCAUUUGUUCCAUUAUAAAUAAAAAGUGGGAAACUUGGCUGCUUAAAUUAUAUGAAUAGAAAUCUUUCUGGAAUUUAGAUAUUGAAAAAAUAAUGUUCCAGAAGAUUACUUUUCCCUUAUUUUUGCUGCCAUUGUCAGGAUAGUGGGAUGUUUUUAUAUUUUGGAUCUGGGCUCUCUAUUUUUUUUUUUUUCCAGUUCAUUUGCCGUAUCAACUAUACCUACAUUCAUUUGUUUAAGAGAAUUAAAAAGUAUAUAUAUUAAAACCUGCAUGUAAUAUAUCUGCUGUCGUUCUAUUUGGACCAAUUUCCCAUUUAUUUAUCUUUAAAAUAAAUAUCCAAUUACAUCUUAAUUCCAUCCAAAGAAGAUUAUACAGUCUGAAGAUGAGAUGUAUUCUCUACAAUGCAAUUACUGUACAGUUAGAAAGCAAAAUGUUAAAGGGAGAGAAUGUUUGUUUUUAUCAAACAUUUUGAAUUCUACAGAACAUUUUAAUUGAAUGUUUAAAGUGAUUAUCUUCCUUCCUUCUCCCCCUCCCCCCAACUUAGUCUUAUUAUCUUUUGUUUGAAUUUGAAUGAAGGCUUUACUUAAGACAUUAUAAAAAAAAAUUGGGAGGGAAGGGGGAGGGUAAUAAAUGUAUAUAACAUUAAAUAAUGUAACUUAGUUGUAGGUCCCAAAUGCAUUUGGAUGUACAGAUUUACUACGGAGUACUUUUUCUGAUGAUGAUCUGGUGUAGAAAUAUGUGAAUUUGGGUAGCUUUUUACAUCUUGCUUACCAUUGCAUGAAACAUUGGGGUUUCUCCACAGUAUGUGUGUGUGUGUGUGUGUGUGUGUGUGUGUGUGUGUGAUACUUAUUUUUCAGGGGAGGGUUAAUUUCUUCUUUUUAUUUCUAAGGCUUUCACUGGAGCCAAAUUUGUAAUUUAGAUCAUUUAAUUUUGUUAAUCUUGUCUGGACACAUAGAAUAUCUAAAGCAUUGCUGCUUUAGAGUGUUCAGAAAAUUAAAAUAAAAUUUCCUGACAAAAUUGUUUUGAUUGUGAAAAUAGAUGUUUUUGCAAUUUGAAAAGUGUAUUCAAAAAGGCUGAAUGCCAGUUUUUGUAUACAGUGUUGUUUUCAAAUCCAGAGAACCUACACUUGAGUCCAAAGUCCUUGCUUACAUUUAAGUUACCCAGUACAAUUCCAAAAUUAAUGACUAUCCCUUCUUGACUGACCUUUUGGAAGAUGGUAUAUUCAACUUGGUAUACUGUGUGAAAAGUAGGGGUGUGUGGUGUGAAGAUUUCUUAAAACAGGCAAAUAAAGGUCACAGAUUCCCAAGUGUGGUGAUGGUCAAUUUUACAGUGUACCUGGCCAGAGAAUAUUUGAAAUUGCUUCCUUGGCAUGAUAAAAUUGCCAAUUAUAAUCUUUUGUUUUAUCAAUAUGACCACGUAGGGCAAUAUAAUAUAUUUAUGUUUUUAAAGACACAAAACAUCUGUGUUUAAGCCUAAUAAUGUGUCACAUUCAUGCAACUCAUAAUGAAUAACGGAUGUUGUAAUAGGAUGGAGUUUCUCUAAGGUAUAUUUCUGUAAACUGACUAUAUUGUGCAUCUUUCAUGUUGUAUGUAAGGUGUAUGAAUGAUAAGGUGGUUUGAAAAAAAAGGAAAUAGUAUUUGCUUGCCAUUGGAUUAAGGAUACUAUGAGAAAAUGGGAAUGAUUUUGGAAGUAGAAAAUAAAUCUUAAAGGAAAACAUUCACCAAGCUGAAAAAGUACACUAAAAUAUAUUCCAGAAGUAAGUUUUGAUUCUUAUCAUCCUUAUUCUCAACUACUUUGAUAACUAAGGUCUUUUGUAUCUAAUUUUAUGAAAACAUAGUUGUUUAUGAUUUUAACUUUAAAUGUGUCAAUGUUACAGUACUAGAAAGAUAAAAGCACAGGUCUGGUCAAGGAUAAAUUGAAUAGCAGGUGUUUUGUCUUAAUGUGAUUUAUUUGACAAGGUUGGAUUUAUGGAAGGAAAAUAGAUUUUAAAAUUUAAUUCCUUUUUAAGUGAAGAUAAUUAUACUAAAGUUUGCUUCUAUUUCUUCUUUUCUUAAUCUAAAAUGAAAAAGAUUUUCUUAACUUUAGAUCCACUAAAGAUGAAAGAAUUCAUCUUGAGAAGGGCUUUUUGAUUCUUGGUGCCUCAAUAAGUUACAGGUAUAUAGAUCACUAUGUAGUUUGAAAUAAUUCACAGAUGGAUUACUUAUAUUUCUUAAUGUUGAAGUAGGAAAAUGAAUAGAAUUGAUUAUUGGAAAUGGAGAUUGUUUAUAUCAUCCCCAAAGUGUUUUGUGAAAAUGUGAAUUUUCUUUUGUUUGUGAACAUUAUUUCCACCACCAUAUUCUAAGUGCAUUAUCAAUGCAAAAAUUGUUAAAAAGGGACAAACCUUAACUUUGUUUCUGUAAGCAUGUUUCUAUUGAAACAAUUGCAUAAUGAAUGACAUCCCUUUUUGUAUAUCCUAGCAUAGGAUAGGGUGAAAGUAGAGGAGUCUAUUUAAGGGGAUGUAAAGCCUUAUUUAUAUGUCAUAUUACACUUUUUUGAGUAUCACCCUUAAAUAGAGACUGAAUAACUCAUGAAUUUAUUGUAGUAUGAUGAUACCUGAGUUGGGCCGGAUGCUCAGGUUUUCUAUGUAAUCACGCUACAAGUUGCAGAUUAAUGACAGCCACUUUAGUUAGAUUCCUUUUACUUAGAACUAUAAGCAGAUUUUGUUCACUUGAUGCAGAGCUUUUUUUUCUAGAUUCUUAAAAUUCUGUAGUAACCAUUUGCUGCCAAAUGUCCAAGCAAAUGUUUGAAAGCAUCCUGAAUUACGGAAAAAAGUGAAUAGUUUACAGAUGUAACUUGUUGUAUAGAAAAAAGCUAAAUUCCAAAAGGGCUUUUUCUAUAUGAAUUCUUGAAAACAGCUUCUUUGAAGCUAUGUAGUAGAGUUCCAUCUGGAUUUAAGUACAAAUUAAUGACAUAUCUUGGUAUUUAACUCCAUUUAUUGGUUUGAACAUAGAAUGAGUAAUUAACACACAAAAUGCUUGAAAAAUUUUGACUUCAUUCACAACUAGAUAAUUAUGAAACUGUUUCAGCAGCUGAAAUAAGAGAGGACAGGGCCCUAAAGGUUAUGGAAAAGUAUUCACUUAGUUUAGGUCAUUUGGAAAUUCAGUUCAAAGGGUUAUAGAGAAUAGAUACUAGCUGUAGAUAAUACAAAGAUUUACAUAAUGCAUUUUAGCUGCAGAAUGUUUAUAAGAUUUAAUUAUGAUACAAAGGAAUGCUAUAGUUCUAUCCUACAUAAGGAGCCAUUUGUCUAUUUUCCCUGAAGAUUGUAGAUGGAGUCAUACAAAGGAAGAGUAGAAAAGUUUUAUAUGGGAAUUACUUCAGUAUUUCAGGAAAAGCUAUCUCCAGUCUUUAAUAUGGGAGGUUUAGUUGAAUUUAUUUGAGGGAGUAUUUUGCUAAUAAUUUAGUGACAGUGCAAUAUACUGUAUAUUCAUUCUAGGAAAUGAUUUUGUGCUCUCUUGUUUGGCUGGAAUAGCAUGACAUGUUUGAGGCAAGGCAGAAAUAACAUUCGAUUCUGUGUAAAGGACAAUAGUGGGUUAAUCUUCUUAAAAGCCACCUGCUGUGAAUUAGCACGCAUGGAAGGGCAGUUAUACUUGGGCUUUUUUAAAUGUUUGAAACUUGAAUUUAUAAAUCCCCAUAGGGCAAGGAUGAUCAGUGACAAAAUUGGGAGGAAACAGUUGUUGCUUGCUGAUUAUAUUCAUUUUAUACACACUCCUGCUCUGUGCAAGCCAUAAUUUGCCACCUGGCUUUUUUGAGUACUAGCAAACCAGUAUAAUGUAUCAAGUACCUCUCUGAGGUUCUGGUGUGUUGUACCUUAAUUGAAGUUGUUUUUUUUAAAGUAAUAAAAAAUGUUAAACUUAU